GUUCUAGUUCCUCGUGUGAAUCAUUUCCGUCAAUGAGACUCCUGUUGUGAGAUCCUGAUAGUCGGUUAUCAUUUAAUUUAGACUUGGGUAUUGAUACCAAGGAAUAGCAAUUGAGGGUUACUUCGGUGAUAUAUAUACAUAUAUAUACCUGGUGCUUGGGUGCGAUCCAGAUUUGAGGGAGUCGCUAGCCCUUCCAAUUGAUCAAGAGAUGACGACCUCGGGACGAUUUAUAUCAUCGCAUGGCAAUCUUGUCUAGCAGCGGACAAGAAAGCAGUAUCAUCUGCGCAUAUGCCUUCCCCUUCACCUCAUCAUCGACAUCGACAUCGUUGGAGGGUGUCUUCGAUCUACGUGCGCCACAUCCAGCGCUGGGGCCCGAGCAACGACAACGGGCAAUUCGUGCCUUUGUCGCCGUUAUCGAGGCGUGCGAACCCCUUCAGAAACACAAGCCGUACAAGCAUGUGACGCUGGUCCGACUCACCUACGAAUAUGCGCGCUCCGAGACGUCAAGAGACAAUUUCCUACAUUUCUUCUUCGAACACACCCAGAUACCUAUGGAUGAUUCGCUGUCUCGAUCGGUUCCGACUGUCGACUACGAACCACAAUUGAUUGCCUUUGCCGAAACCCUGUUUGAAAACUUCUUCUUACCCUCUUCCACGAGAAAAACUCCCCAGCCUUCGCCAGCAGCGCUCUCUGAUCUCCAAAGCGCGCAGAACUUGACUGGAACCACCCGGAGACUCGCAAACUUGAGAAGAGAUUGUCUCAUACGCGACCGUCAUCGGUGCGUUAUAUCACGUUCGUUCGAUCGGAAGGAAGCAGCCAGACGCGUUACUCAGGAUGGGACCGGAGAAGCGUGCGAUGAUGAGGGGAUCCUGUUGGGAGAGACAGGCAAUACAAUUGCAACAUUAGAAGUGGCACAUAUCAUUCCUCAUUCAUUGAUGAAUGUUUCAGUAGGCGAACAGAAUCUGAACGAGUCUAAGAAAGUCGCUCUCGCAAUUCUUAACAUGUUCGACGACGGGGUGAUUUAUCUGUUAGAAGGUGACGACAUUGAUCGAACACGCAACGCGAUCACUCUGACUAUGGAAUUCCAUCAUCUGUUCGGCUGUUUCGAAGUCUAUUUCGAGCCAUAUGGUGGUCAGGCUCAUACAUAUCGAAUCGACUCUGUACACGAGGAUUUCAUGCGUCCUUCGAUUCUUCCUAUCUCGAACCGCACCCUAUUCUUGACUGACAACCGAACGAUUGAUCCCCCUUCUCCACGACUGCUUGCUAUCCACGCGGCCAUUGCACAUAUACUCUACUUGAGUGCUGCUGGCCAGUAUAUUAACGAUAUACUUGACGACCUUGACCAGGGAGAGAUCUCGGCGGAUGGAUCAACUCCGUUAGGCCAAUUCACUGCUUUGCGGGUGUAUGGCUGGUGGGAUGGACGAAUUCAUGCCUAUUGAUUAUAAUGCAGUCCUGCAUGUGUUUAAGGAAUGAAUGUAGAAUGGGUAGGAGAAAACUCGUCGCUCGUUAGACUCCCGCGGCGAUACAUGAUGGAGGGGUUUCCUGACCGUCCCGUCUUGAUAUGCUUGUGAGGAAUGCGAGCGAUCGUGUCAUAGAGUUCC